CGUGCCUUGGCGAGAUGAUCCUUACAAUCGUUGUCGUGUGUCUUGCGACCGCCGCAGCCUCCAAUACCACCGAUGCCACCCCAGAAUCAAGCACUAAAGAGAUCCUCAAAGCCAGCGAAUCGGAUCCAUCUAAAGUUGAAAUCGUGAAGCAAAUACGCCGGUUAAAUGAUGACGGGUCGUACACGAUAGGUUACGAAGCUGAUGACGGGACCUUCAAGAUUGAAAGUAGGGAUGUGCUUGGGAAUGUCAAGGGGACUUUUGGAUACAUCGAUAAAGAUGGCGAGAUUAAACGCGUUACUUACUCGUCCUCUAGUGAAAGUACUCCGGUCCCGGUUACCACGAGCACUACUCCGAGUACCCCCGCCAUGGUAGUCCGCAUGAACAAAACUGUAUCAUCAACAACGCGAAGACCAUUAGCAACUGUUGUUUAUCCCACUAGAGGAAGUCAUACCACACGAGGUACUGUUAUCCAAUCUAUUCCCAGGAGAAGAGCGUCUAGUACUAGGCCUACGCCGACCGUGGAUUCAAAUACUGAAAAGCAAAAAACCGAAGAAACUACUACAAGUUAUAAGCCUAAGGUUGAAGACACUUUGAAGACUAGAACACAGAUAUUGAAGCCCAUGCCAGUGUCAACGCAGGAAGACCUAAUUACGAAACAAACUACAACAAAGUUGCCCUCGACUAUAAAGCCAGUUUACGAGGAUGUGAUGGAAAAAGAACCUGAAACUGAGCGUAACAAAGCCAAUACUAUCAGAAGGCAAUUGUCAGGAACCAGUCCCAACCCUCACAUGAUAAGCCUGCAGCAAUCAGCAGGUGACGAUUCAACCGAUGAAUAUGGUAGUCAAGUAUCUCUCGGCACUAUCAGACCUUUAUUCACGACAACCACACCUCGACCUAGAUUGGUGCCUAUACACUCUAUCGUGGCAGCACGACAAAGAAUCCAGCAACAAUACCAAGAAGCACCUCUUCAGGACCAGGAAACAACAGUCGAAGCAAGUACGGGAAGAAUUUUCGAUAACGAAAACGUCGUAACUACAAAUCCAGUACCAGUGGUUCAUAUACCCCCACGAGACCCAGAAGAUAGGAUAUACCAGCAGCCUAUAUACAGAAGACCGUCUCCAGCUGUGCAAUUCCGAACCCGUGAGUAUUUAAGAGAUAACCCUGGCGCUGCAGUGCCCAUUGGUAACCAGCGGCCCUUUCUUCAGUACGAAUUUCCAAACAAAGUACUGGAGCCACAGUUCGUAAAAGAAGUUCCACCCACCCAAAAGACUGAAGCCACGACGCCUUAUGAGAUACGACCUGCGACUAGAAUAAUUCCUAUACCAGUAGACGAAAGGGGAGUGCCUUUACAAGGGUAUCAGGGAAGAUUUGUAAACCCGUAUAGGGCUCCAGUGUCCUACCAACCACGAUAUGAACCAGGAGACGAGAUGGGCAGCAUCUCCGCACCAGUAAGUACUAGAGACUUACGACGACUUCUGUACGUAUUAAUAUUAAGACAGAAUCGUUUGCAAAGUUUAAUGGAUCAGAUGCUGCCAGGUCCCCCCUACCCCGUACCGAUGUACAGAGACGACUAUCGAUACCAGAGUCGAUAUCAAGACGACGGAUACGACUAUCGAUACGAACCGUAUCGAAACGAAUACAAUUACGAUAACCAAUAUGAUCAGCGAUAUAUGUCUCGAAGAAGGCUUUACACAAGGCCUUAUGACACUGCAGGUUCUGCGACCAAUCAUAUUGAUGAUAUGCCAGAAUAUCUACCACCAGAAGUUAGAGAAGCGUUGCUUCUGAAAAUGCUGAUAUUGGCAAUAAGUCCAGACUUUGUACCGACAACAUCACCCCCAACUGAGUUAACAACUGCUGCCCCACCAAGGAAGCAGGUCAGAAAUGUUCAAAUUCUUGGAGAAGAAGGCUCUUCUGAUGAUACUAAGAAAACCAUGCAAAGGCACUGAGGUAAAGUUAGUUAUUAAUAAUUUAAAGUUACCGUUGUUAGAACAGUAUAAUUUUAAUUCUGUAGAUUAG